AUGAUCGCGGUGUCGAUCUAUGUUUCACAGCCUAGUUUCUGGCAAGAACUCCUGCAGAAGCAAAUAGAUCUGCAGAAACUGAUACUUCGACGAAGGCGCGAGAGUUCUCCGCUCGCUCACGCUGUUCAACCACGACCCAAGCCUGCUCUACCUCCACGGGGACCGCCCCGAAUCAGAAAGCAAAGGACAAAGGGAGCGAAGGAAAGUGGUGGUGUAAGUCCGGAAGAGGCCUUGAGGCGAGUUCGAGAGUUGAAAAACGCCUCGGGUACUCCCAAAGAGAAAGCUCCUAGUGAGAUGUCAGAGUUGGAUAAGUUUGAAAAAUGUAAAGCAGAGGUGAUGGCUAAGAAGAAGCAGGCAAGCGAAGAGAAAUUAGCAGCAGCGAAAGCUGAGGAAUCCCCGGCGAUUAACUUGGGAGAAACACUCGAGGAUGGAGGAUCGCCCGCUGGCAGUUCGGAGAAAGAAGAAGAGCCGUGGUUUGUGAAAGUGCGGUCAUUGCCGCCUAGCAGCCCGGUGGAGGAUGAAGUCUCGGCCGCGGAGAGAGAAAAAAAGUUGAUCGGGAUUGUCUUGCAGGAGCGUUACAAAGGGUCAAGCGGCAACUCGGACAUCUUCGGUGAUGCUGAAGACUCCGACAAGGAGGACGUUUUCGAAGCGCCGGAUGUCACGCCUUCGUCUCCCCAAGCUCCCAUCGCUGAUGACGAUGACCUUGACAUGGACGAGAAUGAGUUUUUGCGACUUGAUUAUUCUGACAACUAG